AUGGACGACAGCGCAACGCCAAGGGUAGGUGCGCCGCUCCAAGCAGCAACACACGUAGCCUAUGCUGCUGUUGCGCCGCUUGGCGCGAAAUACCCCGCGCAGGAAGCUGCGCUAUUCCAGACCUAUGUGGAUUUGAAAUAUGCUGCGCGAUGGCAAUCGCUGGACGUCGUCGAUUUGCCAAACGAUUCGUCGUCGACAGCCACAUUGCCAACGUCGACCUUUGGUGAACAGGGAUGGGCAGUUUUAAUUGGCCUAGCGCCCUCGUCCAAAGAAAAGCAGGUGGUCGUCCCCAUGCUGAUUGAGCAGUCAUUUACGACGGCGACUUUCUCGGCCCUCUUUGCCAAGAUCCCAGAAGGUGUGGCUUCCAACCACAUUCUCCUGGCUAUGAUGUCCAAUGAUUCAACGGUUGUGUACUACAAGUUAUCCAAAGGCAUGGUCAAGCCUGUGAACUAA